CAAGUGACAACUGUAAGCACAAAACAUGGGUCUAAAAAUAUCUGCUUCAUUACACGCAACGUGCCCAAAGAUCAGGCUUCUGGGGUAUCUCAUAACUUUGUGCUUUUGGUUCUCUAUAUAUAACCAACCUCAGCUUUAAGAGGUGAUUUGAGUUGUGAAAAAUGGGGUUAGAGGCAGUGUUUGUUUGGUUGUUGGUAUCUUGUGUUGUGUGUGUGAAGGGUGUGGAGCCAAAGGCCUCAGGCACUUGUGCAUUUCCUGCAAUCUACAACUUUGGGGACUCAAACUCAGACACUGGAGGCAUAUCAGCUUCAUUUGUGCCAAUUCCUGCUCCUUAUGGACAGGGCUUCUUUCAUAAGCCUUCAGGAAGGGACUGUGAUGGCCGUCUCAUUGUAGAUUUCAUAGCUGAGAAGCUAAACUUGCCAUACUUAAGUGCUUAUCUGAAUUCCCUGGGAACCAAUUACCGGCAUGGGGCAAAUUUUGCCACGGGGGGUUCAACCAUUAGGAGGCAGAAUGAAACCAUAUUUCAGUAUGGGAUAAGUCCUUUCUCACUUGACAUACAGAUUGUGCAGUUCAACCAGUUCAAGGAACGCACCAAACAACUCUACCAAGAAGCCAAGACCCCACUUGAAAGAAGCAAGCUUCCAGUGCCUGAGGAGUUCUCUAAGGCUCUCUACACAUUUGACAUUGGUCAAAAUGAUCUCUCUGUUGGCUUUAGGAAGAUGAAUUUUGACCAAAUUCGAGCAUCCAUGCCAGACAUUGUCAACCAGUUGGCCAAUGCAGUCAAAAAUAUAUAUGAACAAGGAGGGAGGUCAUUCUGGAUACACAACACUAGCCCCUUUGGCUGCAUGCCAGUGCAAUUAUUUUACAAGCACAAUAUACCAGCUGGCUAUCUUGACCAGUAUGGAUGUGUGAAGGAUCAAAAUGAGAUGGCCCUAGAAUUCAACAAGCAGCUUAAGGACCGAAUCAUCAAACUCAGGACAGAGCUCUCAGAAGCUGCAAUUACUUAUGUAGAUGUCUUUGCUGCCAAGUAUGCACUCAUCAGUAAUACCAAAAAUGAAGGAUUUGUGGAUCCAAUGAAGAUCUGUUGUGGGUAUCAUGUGAAUGACACACACAUUUGGUGUGGGAAUUUAGGGAGUGUAGAUGGGAAAGACGUGUUUGGUUCUUCAUGUGCAAACCCUUCACAGUACAUAAGUUGGGAUAGUGUUCAUUAUGCAGAGGCUGCUAACCAUUGGGUUGCUGAUCGUAUACUCAAUGGCUCAUACACGGACCCACCAACACCUAUCAUCCAAGCAUGUUAUAGGCAUUAGGCUUGGUCACAAUCAUUUCUGAUUGGACAUUCCUAAAGGAAACUAUAUCAAAAAAUUUCAAUUGCAUGAGACUCUAUUCCUGUACCAGAUUAAAACUGCAUACUUGCUGCUCCUUGAAUGUUCCAAUUCACAAUAUUCUGGAGAUAGCCAAUUCAUUGAUCAAUUGGUGGAUUGCAUGCAAGUUGCAACCAACAAUUUUAAUUUGAUAAUGCAUUCUUGGCCUUAAAUCUUUGAAAGCA